CGUCUGCGUGCCGCGUCAAACAACAACUCUCGUGGACUGCUCCAUCCCCGCUAGCCCAAAAUCACGCAGGCGUCUCCUCCCCGGGGAAUAAAAAGGGCGACUCGCAGCUCCACAGUCCGAGAAACCGCACGCCCCUUUCCCACCCCGCCGCCGUUAGCCCCCCUUGCCAACUGGCAAGCUUCUAACAAUGCGUCCGCCGUAUGAUAAGAUGGAUCCCAUCGAUCCUUGCCUUCUCAGCUUCCUCAGCCACCAUGGCAUCGACGGCGCCUUCGAGAUCCUGUCUUCCCCCGGCGAUCCGGCAGCGGAGGAGACGAAGGAUGCCUUCCAGAAGAUCGUCAGUGAUUUCUGUAGAACGCCUCGGGCCGUGGACGUGGAAGGCAUGGCAGAUGGAAACACAGGGAAAGUGGUAACAACUAAACAUCAUCUCCAUCCAUCCAUAUGCCGUUGGCUGAAUGCGCUCCUUGGCGGUGAAGAGAAACCUAGCGCCAUGAAAAGAGAGCACGGGCCUGCUGAAGGCGAGCAGGAUCCAAAGAAGCCAAGAACAGCAGAAGGCUCAUGCAUGUGACCAGGUGUGAUCAUUUGAGUAAAUUGCAGUCUGUACUACGACGACUGAAUUUGCGCGUCUUCAGACAGAGGCAACUAGUGUGAUCAUUUGAGCGUGAUUGAGGCCUCAUUUUUGGAUGUACCACUUUUAUGUCAUGCACAAUCUUUCGACUGAAUUUUCUUUAUACACAUAUAAAUUCAGUGU